UAUAGCGAACGUACUAGCCAUUUUGUCAGAACCUCUCGUUGCUUUCUUAUGAUCAAGGAUCUUUUUCUUCGUUUCUGUUAUUCAUCGAUCGCUGCUUGAAUUGAAAAAACAGUUAAUUUCGUUUUCUUUCAUCUUUUUGUUUUAUAUAUUAUUAAUUAUUUGAUGCAAUUUUUUAGAAUUGUGAAAAGUGAUAAAAAAUUGUGCAUAUUGAGAAUUUUUCGUGAUUGAUUUUUAUUUAUUUGUUUAUUUAUCAUCUUUCGUAAGCUUUUCUAAAAAUGGCAUCAGACAUACCAUCUAUUUCGGAAUGGCUUCAAGGUCGAAAUGUUUUCAUCACUGGCGGUUCUGGUUUUAUGGGAAAGGUUUUAAUCUAUAAACUGUUGGUCAGCUGCGAUCAUCUUGAAAAUAUUUUUGUAUUAAUUAGAAAAAAGAAAGAUGUUGAUCCGCAAUCUAGGCUGCAAUAUAUGAUAAAAGAAAAUCCACUUAAAAUAAUUAAAGAAAAAUAUCCUGAAAAAAUAGAAAAAAUUAAAUUAAUACAGGGUGAUACUACUGACGAACAUCUUGCUUUAUCGACUAUCGAUAAACAGAGAUUAUUAAAAGAAGUUUCCAUAAUUUUUCACAUGGCGGCAAAUGUUAAAUUCGAUUUGACAUUAAAACAGGCAAUAACAAUAAAUACUCUAGGUACUAAGAAUGUUAUAAAUCUAGCAAAAGAGAUGGAGCAUUUAAAAUCCUUCAUUCAUGUUUCUACUUCGUACUGUCACUGUAAUGAAUCUGUACUUGAAGAAAGAAAUUAUCCUGCUCCUAUAGAACUUGAAAAAAUUAUAAAAAUAGUAAAUGAUACGACAGAUGAUUUUCAGAAAGCCAUGACACCAAAAAUAUUACAAGGAUUACCGAACACUUAUGCUUUUAGUAAAGCACUUGCUGAAGAUUUGGUGCAGAAAAGUGGUCUACCUGCAGGUGUUGCAAGACCUUCUAUAGUGGUCGCAUCAUGGAAAGAACCAAUGCCUGGUUGGAUUGACAACAUGAAUGGACCAACAGGUUUAAUGGUAGGUGCUGGAAAAGGAGUAAUACGAACUGUUCUCUGUAAUUACAAUUACUUAUUGAAUCUAAUUCCCUGUGAUAUGGCGAUUAAUGCGAUGAUUGGAUUGGCAUGGAAAGUAGGAAGAGAAAAACCUGAAAAACCAAUAUUUAUGAACAUUACUUCAGGACUUGAAAAUCCGAUUUCUUGGGGUUAUGCUGUAGAUACUGGAAAGAAAUAUACCAUAAUGUAUCCAUUCACAGGUUUACUAUGGUAUCCAGGUGGAAGUAUUACCACAUUAAAAUUUUACCAUUGGUUACGCGUGAUCUUAUUCCAUUAUAUACCUGCAAUUUUUAUAGAUAUUAUUAUUUUUCUAACUGGAAAUAAACCAUUUUUAAUAAGAGUGCAUCAAAAAGUUAACAAUGGUAUAGGAUUGAUACAAUAUUAUACUACUAAAGAAUGGGAAUUUCGAAAUGAUCGCAUGAAAAAAUUGCAACUUGAACUAAAUUCAUCUGAUAGAGAAAAAUUCUUUAUGGAUACAAAAGCUAUAUCUUGGGAUAGUUACAUGUUGAAAUAUAUAUUAGGCGUUAGACAAUAUUGUUUAAAAGAUGAUCUUUCUACCAUACCUCGUGCACGAAAAGUUAUUAGAUAUUUGUAUUUUGCUGAUUGGUUUGUUAAGAUCGGAUUUACAAUCUUCUUUAUAUGGUUUCUAUUCUUGGAUAAAUUCAUCUAAACAGAUUUCGACCAUGUUUGAACUUAACAAAUUAUAGAUAUAUUGUAUAAUAAUCGAUUUUAUCUGAAAAUGACAAUAUAUUUCUUUAUUUUUAUUUUAUUUUAUUCUCAAAUGCUAUAAAAAUUGUUUUACAUUACAUUCAUAAUUAUUAUCAGUUAAUUAUUUUACUUUAUUGUAUACAAUGAGAUAAUGAUUCUUUAAUAAGAUAUAAUAUUGUUUAUUUAAUAUGUUAUUAAAUAUUAUUAUAUAAUUUAUUAUUUAAUAUAAUAUUGUUUAUUGUUUUCAUAGAAUAUGCAUUUGCAAUUAUGAUAUUUUUAAGAUACUAUUAUAUUUUAAGAUAUUUAUUAUAAUAAUAAAUAUAUUUAUUUCUUAAAAGACGUAAAAA